GCGACCCAGGGCUCGACCGGACCGCUUUCCCCGUGGCUCCAGUCAGACGCCAAAGCGGGAGAACUUCCGGUGCGUUUCCGCGGUACCAGAACGUGGGGCGAGGCGCUGUUCUGGAAGACAAAGAAAAAGGGUUUUUUUGGUCACCUACCACUGGCCCCAUGGCUGCCUUGCAGAUGGAUCCUGAGCUAGCCAAGCGCCUCUUCUUUGAAGGGGCCACUGUUGUCAUCCUGAACAUGCCCAAGGGAACAGAGUUUGGGAUUGACUGUAACUCCUGGGAGGUGGGGCCCAAGUUCCGGGGCGUGAAGAUGAUCCCUCCAGGCAUUCACUUCCUCUACUACAGCUCUGUGGACAAGGCUAAUCCGAAGGAAGUAGGCCCUCGUAUGGGUUUCUUCCUUAGUCUGCACCAGCGGGGGCUGACAGUGCUGCGCUGGAGCACACUCAGGGAAGAGGUAGACCUGUCCCCAGCCCCAGAGUCUGAGGUGGAAGCCAUGAGGGCCAACCUCCAGGAGCUGGACCAGUUCCUGGGGCCUUACCCAUAUGCCACCCUGAAGAAGUGGAUCUCACUCACCAACUUCAUCAGCGAAGCCACAGUGGAGAAGCUGCAGCCUGAGAACCGGCAGAUCUGUGCCUUCUCCGAUGUGCUACCUGUGCUCUCCAUGAAGCACACCAAGGACCGCGUGGGGCAGAAUCUACCCCGCUGUGGCACUGAGUGCAAGAGCUACCAAGAGGGACUGGCCCGGCUACCAGAGAUGAAGCCCAGAGCUGGGACAGAGAUCCGCUUCUCAGAGCUACCCACGCAGAUGUUCCCAGCGGGUGCCACGCCAGCAGAGAUAACCAAGCACAGCAUGGACCUGAGCUAUGCCCUGGAGACUGUGCUCAACAAGCAGUUCCCCAGCAGCCCCCAGGAUGUGCUUGGUGAACUCCAGUUUGCUUUUGUGUGCUUCCUGCUGGGGAAUGUGUACGAGGCAUUUGAGCAUUGGAAGCGGCUCCUGAACCUCCUGUGCCGGUCAGAAGCAGCCAUGGUGAAGCACCACACUCUCUACAUCAACCUCAUCUCCAUCCUGUACCACCAGCUUGGUGAGAUCCCCGCUGACUUCUUUGUAGACAUUGUCUCCCAAGACAACUUCCUCACCAGCACCUUACAGGACGAUGUUUUCUGCUCCCUGUCAUCUUUGGUGGGAGGGCCAAUCAUAGUACCUCACCCUGUCCUUCCACUCACCGGGACAGACACACAACACUAGCUAGGCCAACUGGCAUCUUCCCUGGGAUGCUUCUUCAAGAAGGCGCAAAAGGACCCCACUUGCUUUUAGAGCUGUGGCUCUAGAAGACUCUCAGUUAGACCUACUGGGGUCAUCAUCCCCAUCACAGAAAGUCCUUGUACCUGAAGUGAGGGUGAGCCCAACACAGAAGGAAGCUGAGCUGAGAGACAAGAGCAAGAGAAGCCAAGAAAAAUAUCUGGAGCACCUGGAUCCAGCCUCACCUGCAUCCCACAAUCCUUGGGCUUCCUCCUACAUGAGCCAAUACAGUACCUUUUAAUUUGAGCCCGCUUUAUGACAGGUUUUUGCUAAAGAAUCCUGAUUCACUCCUGCAUUGUGAUGCUUUGGACUUCAUUGCCUGCCCGCCUGUAAAACUCCUAAGAUGUCAAAGCUGAAAGGGGCUUUAGAGACCACAGUCUCAUCCUACAGUUGGUGAAACGAGGGAAAGAACUUGUCCAAGGUCACGUGGUGCAUCGUUUCCUGCCCAGCAGCAAGGAAAAGAGCUUGAACUCACUGCCCAGCAGCCCGGACGGCGCUGUGGCCUCUGCGAUGGCAUUGCAGUGCUUAGUGGCUAUUGAUCUGUUGUUUUGGAUGUGUUACCCAGACAGGACUGCCACUGCCACACGAGCGCAUGUGCAGCCCAGGGAGAGCUCUAGGGCGGGGCCAGAGCGGGGGUGGGGAGGGCAUCGUUGCUGCUGCUUCAGCCCCUGUCGGGAGAGAAUGAGAAAAUGGUGGUGAACAAGACCUUGCUGAUACUCACUGUGGGCCAUGUGCCAUGUUAAAUGGGCACAGUAGCUUUACAUUCGUUCUUCUCAGCCUUGCAGCGUCCCUAUGAAGUAGGUGCUAUGGGAAUCCCUGUUUUGUCAGUGGGAAAACAGGAAUUUCCUAGUGGUCACACUGCGAUUGAGCCACACGCUUGGACUAACCGGGGUCAGCCUGACUCCAGAGCCUGACUCUUGCACCAAGGAGGGGCAAAAUCAGGCAGGCCACAUGGAUGAGUAGAGGCCCACGUGAGGACUGUGGGAGAGCGUGCCUCGGCUCCCCAGCUCUGGCCCAGGGCAGCCAAUUCAAGGCAGACUUGUCAGAGCUUCCAGUUUUUCAAGAGAAGCCGGAAAUCUGGACUUUUAUGUGAAAUGUCUCUAUUUUUAAAUGUUGGCAAAGAAAUUCAGAUUUAAAAAAAAAGCACACACACACACUGUGCAAGGCAACCCAAACCACAUUUGCAAGCCAGUGGAUUGCAGCUUUUCGACUUUACUAUAUUCUUUCUGUGGCUGCAGGAAGCUGUUCUAACCCACAGGACUCUGUCCGUCACCUGGCAGGAGAGCGGACCUACCUGGAUGUGGUUAGGAUGCCACCCUGCCCUGCUUACACUCACUCAUUUCUGAGUGUGUGUCAGAGGCCAGCCAGUGCCAGAAGCAGGGGUUGGGCGGGGCGGGUGGUGGGGCACGUGUGCUUGCCGGGGAGGGCCAGGAGCACAGAAGAAGCCUCCUUAUUCAAUGUUACAGGUGAGGAAAUUGAGACCAAGUGAGGCCAUAUAAACAGCUGGGUCCCCGGCGACACAUGGAAAGAGCUGCUGGGACCGGGUCCAAGGUCUUCCCGAACUGUAAGUAUGGUCCUCUGAGCACACAUUACCCUGCUGUUGGCCUUUUGGCUGGUAGAGGAGACACCUGGAUUCUGGGAUGUGGCAGAGCCCAGCCUUGCCCAUGAUAAGGAUAAUAAGGAAGUCACUGAAACUCUGUGAGCCCCAGUUUCUCCAUCUGUAAAAUGGGCAUGUCCUCUGUAAAACAGAAGCAUUGGCUCUACCCCCACGCCCAUGUAAAACUAUGGCCCCCAGCCCCAGAGGGGUAGAGCGUGGCAGACUCCUCACCUCCAGGAGCAGGGCACUGAGCCAAAGAUACCUGCAGCCCCUCUGCGGUGCCUCUGGGGCUGGGACUGUUCUGGGCACGCGCUGAGUUAUGGUGACACAUCCAGAGCUGAGUCUGUCUCUCCCGCCCGCCCAGUCCUCUGGGAAAGGAGUGGGGGUCAGGAAGGUGAGGGGGGCUUCAUUUCCAGGUCACCAUCCUCAGGCCUGGGCCUGACACAGAGGAGAAUGAGCGGGAGGGUGGAUGAACAGCAUCCUAACAGUAGUUCUCGUCCACACCCUGCACCCAUGUGCCAAGCUCUUAGUUUACGCCAUGCUUCAUCCCAGCGGAGUCUUGUGCUGUGGGGGAAGCUGCAGCCUUGCCCUCACCAUGCAUGCACCCCUGCUUUUCAGGAGGUGGCUCCCAACUCUCCCCAGGGCUCAGAGUUGUCCCCGAGACCCUGACCCAGGCCCAGCCAGGGCAGCCAUCCCCAGAUUUCCUUGGCAUACUGGGUGUCAGCUGCCUCCCCCCAUCCUUGGCCUGGUGGGACCUGGGGGCUCUCAGCUACCCAGGCAGGAGAUCAGCCCCCAGCAGAACGGCCCUACCUCAGCCUCUCUGUGUCUUUGAGGGUUCUCAGCGCUUCACGUGGCCUCAGAAACUACUUCUCAGCCUGAGGGUCCCCACAAGGCUUUGGACUGAUGCCCCCUGCCUCAGCUUGACUGAUCGAGGUUGAGCCUCAUGGCCCCCAGAGGGCAGGGCUGAGACCCAUAGGGUGAAGCCACAGGAGGCAGAUGGAAAACCUUAGUGUGAGGUACAACUUACCAUCAAAGCUGCCUACAAUGGAAUGGGCUCUUUUUAAGAGGUAAGUUUUCUGUUCCCAGAGAUUUGAAAGUAAAACUUGCAGCCGAUGGGGCUAACACACAUCUGCUAGGACAGUAGCCUCACUAAAUGACUGAGGUUCCCUUCCAGUUCUUAGACCACGAAUCUCCUUUCUAGGGUUUUCCUCCCCAGUCCACCCCCUAAGACAGACACAGGCCUUCGCAGGCCUGAUUCAGGGUGGAGGAAGGGGAGUCCCAGGUUGAAGGCGAGUUGUUUGCAACCCACAACUGGGCUCAGGAGCAGGGACGCUGCAACCCAGCUGCUUUUCUGCAGGGCCUUCACCUGUCCUGCAAGGACCAAGGCCAAGGCUGCUAUGAGCCCCCCAUCUGACCCAAGAGGUUCCCACAAUGGUCCUGGGUGGUGGGUCCGGCCAUUGGGUAGGUGUGGGAGCUGGGGGUUGCAGGUUCAACUUGGCGAAAUGUCAGUACACCCACAGGGUCAGGCAGCUUUUCAGGGGCCCAAGGCCAUGGAGCUCCAAAGGAGGGCAGCAGGGAGCACGCAGAGAACUGUCCCCACCCAGCUCCCCUCCCACAGGCUCCACGGAUCACACUCUGUCUCUCUCGCACGCUCCAGGAGAGACACGGCAGCACACACACAGGCAGACACAACCAGCACCCACAUCUGAGCGCUCACACACAUCAGACGCGUGCGCGUCGUGCAGAGACGCCCACAUGGAGACACAGAUACACACCCUCCCGGAGUCACACAGACGACACCCACGUGCACGCGGGCACAAACACAGGCCCUGCCUACUUCCGAACCAACUCCACCUCCAGCAUGGCCACCCUGGCUGGGGAAGGUAGGCCGGCCGGGUGGGUGCCCUGGAUCAGCCUCCUUGCCCUGGGAGUCCUGAUCAUCUGGAAGCCAUGGCCUGCCCUGCCCAUUGGAGGUCUGCAGGGCCAGGGGCUGCCUGGAGGCAACACAGUAGUUCAGCAGCGCCCUGGGGUCAGCUGAUCUGGGUCAGGUCUCAGCUUUCCCACCUUCUGGCUCUGUGACCUGGGCAAGUCACUGGACCUCGCUGAGCUUCAGCUUCCUCAUCUGGAAAAUGGGUAUAACAUAGUGCCAACCCUUGAGUCCUGUGAUCUCUGUAGCCCCCAGGCCUGGAAUAUCCUAGAUGUUCAGUAAACAGAGACUGUUGCUGUCGCUCCAGGGCGAGGGCUCCAUUGGCAAAUGGCCACUCACCCAUUGCAGACUGGCAUUUGGUGAGUGCACCAUAUUGGUGAGCUAUUAUUUUCAUGUCUACUUCGGGGGGCUACCUCGGGCCUGAACUUCACUUGUGGGGACUCAGGAUGUAGGCCUCCAUGUCCAGACUGGCAAAGAGAACCCCAUUCCUCUGGCAAAGACAGGGCUGAGCUAGGUAGUCUUAAACAAUAAGCAGCCACUCAGCUAGAACUUUGACUGGAAUAUUCACAGCGUAAUGCCAUAGCAUUCCAGAACCACAGCUGCAAAAACCAGAGGCUCUUGCCAGUGUGUUUUAGACUCUCAAAGAUCUUGAAGCACAAAUCUCAGAAUGUCAGAGCUGUACAGAGGCCUUGGAGACAUCUAGUUCAGCUGUCUUGUUCCUAAGAUGGAAUCCCAGAGUCCAUUCCAGACCAGUGUGACAGAAAUUGGAAACUGAGGCCCAGAGAGGGUGAGCGACUGAGCAAAGUUGCACAGUGAGUUAGUGGAAGUGUCGAGACCAGACCCCUGGUCCCGGCUUUGUAGCAAGUUUAGAUUCAGCCCCUCUAUGGAGACCCGGAGGAAGGAAGGCAGAAGAAGAAACAUUUGGGCCAAAGUGAGGAUUUUCUAGAGAACUGUUUUUGAAAAAUCAAACCAAAAAGAAAAAUGGGAAAAAGGUGCUGGCUUCCCCUUAUUUUCUGCCUGUCUUCCUCUGGGCACUCGCUCUCUGCAGCUCUCAGCCAUUCCAGCUCUGCUCACAAGCUGCUUCCAGCCGCCCACGGGCUUCCUAAAAUGGUCUCUGCAAGCUAAUUCCAGAGGGUGAAUGGCAGAGAGCAGGCCUGCAGGGAGUGGGGGGGGAGGGGGAGUGCACUUCCUUAGCCGACGCAGGUGCAGACAGACUCCACAUCAGUGUUGCACCGGCUGUCCCCAGCUCCAACCCCCUCCCCAGGUGCUUCCAUGGCCCCCAGCUGCCGGGACCAGGGGGCCCGGCUUUCACCUCUCACUGCCUGACCUCUUGGAAUAAGUUAUUUUUCCUUCUUAAAUAAUUAAUUUUUAAAAUUUUGUAAUAAUACGUAUUUAUCAUCGAAUAAUCAGGAAAGUAUAAAGAAGAAAAUUAAGAUCACCUGUAAUCAGCUCCUCUAAAUGAAACAACCAUUAGCAAUUAAGCAUAUAUCCUUCCAGUCUUAGGACUCAGCACAUAUUACAGAGGGGCUGAUUCAGUACAUAAUGUUCUAAAUCCUGUUCUUUCCUUCCAAUCAUAUAUUCACAAGCAUCUUUCUAGUCAACAGUUGCACUUCCACAGCAUGAUUUUUAGUGGCUGCAUGGCACCUUGCAUGUGACUACACCACGCUUUACUCAGCCAAUCCCCAAUGCCCAGCGUUUUAGCUUGUGUCCAUUUCUCCCCUGUGAGAAACAGUACAUGGUUUAUUCUUGUAGUUACAUCUUUGUAAUCAACCUAGUUAUUUCCGUAGGACAACUUCCUGGAAUUGGAAUUACUGGCCAAAGGGUUUAUACUUUUUUAAAAAGAUAAAAUGCAAAAUUAUAAUACUGUCCUGUCUUCCUAUAAUGAAUGUGUAAUAAUUAGGUAAUAAAUAAAAAUUAGAAAAUAUAGAUAAGGAAAAAUACGAGGAAAAAAAUCAUAACUUUCCCCAAAUCUGACUACCAAGAUAUGGUCAAGAAUGCUGCUGGAAAGCAUCUAGACUUUUUUGUAUGUGUGUGUGUACACAUAUAAUGGGAUUAUACUAUACAUGCUGUUUUGUAAAACUGAUCAUUUGUUCAUGUCGAUACAUAAAUUUACAUUCACAGUAUCACUUUUUUUUUUUUUUUU